GGUCCCGGGGCGGGCGGGGCGGCGAUGCCCCUCCCGGUGCGGCGGGGCCGGCGGCGGAGCGCAGCGGGGCCGGGGCCGCUCACACCGGCGGCGGCGGCGGGGCCAUGAAGGUGAAGAAGAGCGGCGGGGCCGGGGCCGGGGCCGGGGCGGCGGCGGCGCGGACCGAGGAGGAGCUGGGCCGUAAGACGCUCAUCGGGCCCGACGACGUGCUGGGGCUGCAGCGGGUCACCAGCGAUUAUUUGUGCACUCCAGAGGAAAAUGUUUACAAGAUAGACUUCACCAGGUUCAAAAUCCGGGACAUGGAAUCUGGCACGGUCUUGUUUGAAAUCACCAAACCAGCAGCUUCAGAACGUGAACACAAUGACAAGAAGGACAUUGACCCCAAUGCUGGACGGUUUGUACGCUAUCAGUUUACUCCAGCUUUUCUCAGACUUCGGCAAGUUGGAGCCACGGUGGAGUUCACAGUAGGGGACAAACCCAUUAACAACUUCCGCAUGAUUGAGAGGCACUAUUUCCGGGAUCAGUUGCUUAAGAGUUUUGAUUUUGAAUUUGGGUUCUGCAUUCCCAGCAGUAAAAACACUUGCGAGCACAUCUAUGAAUUCCCGCAGCUCUCUGAGGACCUCAUUCAAGAGAUGAUCCUUCAUCCAUAUGAGACACAGUCGGACAGUUUCUACUUUGUAGACAACAAGCUCGUGAUGCACAACAAGGCAGAUUAUUCAUACAGUGGAGGACCUUGAGUGCGGGACGGACAGCUGGCCUGCGCUGGCUUGCCCUUUCCCAGCGAAGCUGUCAGGGAUUCCAACACCUUCCGUGCAGUUGUCCACAGCAUCAACUGGACAAGGAUCCGCAAACCACGGACUCUCUUGCCACAGUAGGAGUUUCAUGACUAAAUUUGACAGUCUUGUCUUUUGGGAGCUUUGAUGCAGACCCAGUUCUUCAGAACUUUAAGUGGUUCUACAAGGCUAAAUGAUCUUUGGAUGCCACCUCCCUAAAUUCUUGAAGCGUCUGCUUUGCAAAUGGCCUUCUGGGACCUGGGGGAUUUUGCCCUAAUUCUGUGGAUCUGUGUUUUUGCCCUCAAGUAUCUUUUAGGAUGUGAUCACUUUCUCAGAGAAUGUGAUCCGAAAAACCACCUGAGUGGACGGCUGCAAAUACAGAGUUUUGUUUGUUUGUUUCUCUUUGUGAAUGCUUCAAAGACACGGCCAAUUUUACUUGUACACCCAGCUGAAAAUGUUGAGUGUAACAUCUUGCAAAAGCAAGUUUCACCUUUAGAUUAGUUCUUUGAAUAACUAUCUCAUCCUUUAGUUUUGUUCCUUCUAUGUCAUGUUCUGUUUAAUCUUGGAAACACUGAACCUCUCAAGGAAGACCAGUGAUUCACUGGCAGAGCUAUUUUUAAUUGGGUACAAUCCUGUUAAAUUUCAGGUGAAGGCAAAAUAGCCCUGAGGGUCUUUGAACCUCCCAUUUUCCAUUAAUUUCAUUUUUUGCAAACUGACUGCACAAUAAUCAGGAAACGUUGAAGGAUUUUAGGUUUAUUUAAAAUUUUUACAUAGCUAACAUCCAGCCUAUUCAUGCUGUAUGUUUUGUGGGUCGAUUUUCCUUCAUAUCUGUUCAAUACUAAGAUAAGGGCUUCAGCACUGCUUCUUAGAGCAACACUUUCAUUUGUCUAGGGCAGCUGGGGAGUGUGGAAUUUCCAGUUUUCCAUUUGUAUCUGAAUUUGAAGAAUGUUACGCCAGUGUUUUCCCUUUUUUAACAGUUUUGCAUUGGCUAUUAAUACAGGUGAAAGAGUAAUUCUGAUAACAUAGGACUUCAAGGCACAGCAAAAAUUUAGCACAAGUUCUCUUUUCAGAGUCUGUAAGAAGUUUAAGGGCAAUUUUGCCCAAGUUUUUCAGCAUGCACUUCUUAGGCAGACAGAAGUGCAAAGAGGUAGCUACGUCAAACAAGUAAACUACUGUAUGCAAAACAAAACCUGUGAAGGAUGUGGGGGGUAGCGUGUUGUCAUGAAACCCUUACUCUAAAGGUCAGUUCACUGAUACUUAAAAAAAAUAAAAGGCAGUUGCAGUUUGUAGAUAUUUCUAUAAAUACUUGAUGUCUCCAUGUCUAAUUCUGUGAGUUUAAGUGGAACGUUAUAUGUUAGCCUCAGAUAGGUGUGAUUGUAACAAUUUUUAUAAAAUACCGUUUCCAGUUGCAAUUAACAUCUUUGUAGUCACAGCCUAAGUCAAACAGAACUACAAAUGGUUCCAAAUGUAGCCAUCCGCCUAAGAACAGGGAGGUGUUUGUGCUCUUCUUGGGGUUGUGGUACUAUUCAGUGUGUCACCAUUUGUAUUUGGCUUGGCUUUCUUCUGAGAGAGGAUUCAGUUUGCUAAAGAAAAUGCAGUGAGUUAGGUUACAGCACAGAAUUUUUUAAGACUGAUAGCUAAGGAAGUGAAACAUCGCAGGCUACCGAGUUCCAAAUUCCUCCAUUUUGAGCAAAUGGACUAUUGAAGUAUAUUGAGAAUAGUGCUACAUGUUGACCAACGGACACUAGAUUCCAGUCUUCAUGACAAAAAUUAAAGGGAACUCUUAUUCAUGCAAAGAUUAUUCAGGGGCUAUUUAAGGCAAGAAAAUGCUAAUAUUCAACUUUUGUACUAAGUAUUACAUAAAUUUUCUAUUAAUUAUUCAUAACCUGAAAAAAUAUUGUUAACAGCCCAAUUUUAAUUAGAUCUGGUUAGGAGUGAAACUAUAGAUAUUAUUGCUAUCCCCUGGGUGUGGAAAGCAACUAGAACUGUAUGUGUCGUACAAAAGCUAGGCAGGUUUUACAUGGAUUGACUCCAGGGGUAAAAGUUAUCUUUGGGAAAAAAUGAGAGAGAGGAACAAGGACAGGAAAACAGUUAAUUUCAGCUAAUUGGAAUCAAGAGCUUUAAGGCCAUGGUAAGUGUAAAUGCUUUUUUUUUUGAGUUUGGGAUAGCUGGUAGCUUCUGUUAGCAGUUCUUUUCGGUACCCCCAAGCACAAGCACUACCUAUGUUGAUACAAGUGUUUCAAUAUUAACCAGAUGUUAAAUCUUAUUGACAGUUCAUAUCAUUUUCUAAACAUGGAAAUAUAUUUGAAGAGUGUGAUAUUCCAGGCCUCAAGUGCAGCUCAGUUGUUUUCUAAAUCACAGGACAGUCUGAGUAAGCGGGUGAAGCUGUGUGUUUGUGUAUCUGUUCACACGCUGUAGUUCACUGCCUCCCUAGAAUCACUGUGCUAAUGCCUGCUGUGAUGUCUGCUCGUCUCUUAAUGCUACACUGAGAAAACCUGUUUGAAUGUGACAUUGACUUUUUUGCAUAGUCUCAGAACUGUCUGUAUUAAAAUGUAUUUAUAAAAAAUAUAUAUUUUUUGUGGAAGGAAAGUAGGAUUCUAGUUAAUAUACCAUUGGGAAGAUGUUAGAAACAUUUUUACCAGGUUCAUUUAUAAUUCUUUGUAUCUUGUUAGUUAACCUGAUUUGUUUCCUCUCAGAACAUCCACUGUGGCCCAUUUAGUGGCAAUGCAAUGCACUGUCAUGCAGAAAAUCUGGUUUUCAGAAAACUGGGAGUCUUUUGUUUCCUUUUGGGACAGUAGGAAACUGGGAACCUUGGCACCGAAUCCACUUCUGUGGCUUUGGCUUCAGUAACUCGUCUGUUUGAUUUAUUUGCAGAUAGAUAAGUAGCGAGAGCAAAGAUUGAGACUUCAGAAUAAAGAAAAUUAGAUGCUACAAAUUUAGUCUUCCUGUAGGAGAAGGAGAGUACUAAAAUUAAUUUAUACAAGGAUUAAAUAGGGAGUACACUUGCUUAAAAUUAUUUAAUAUUGGCAGCUUAGUCAUAAAUGUGCAUACUAGCGAAUAUGCUCAACUUUUUCCAUUAUCUCGGAAAAUGGUUAAAAACCACGUCACUUUCAUUAGCAAGUGUUUCUUCUCCUGUAACAAAUGACAAAAUGUAAAAAAUAAAACUAAAUAAAUUAUUGAUCCUCGAAA